UGUCCUCCAUCAGGCGGUGAGGAGUGAUUGGUAGCUUCAGCCAAUUAGCAAUGAGCUGGCAGAGCUCACAGUUCCCUAAAUGAUGAAUGUCCUCAAACCGCUGAGAGAAAUUACUGGAUCAGCUAAAACACGUGACUGAAUAUCUUCAAGUAGAUAAAAGCUAGUAAACAAGGCUAUAUCUCUUAUUGAGCAGUUGGAAGAUAAUUAGAGAAGAAAUGCUAGCAGGCUUUCUAUUGUUGUUGUUGUGUUAGAGUUUUUUAGUUGCUGUUUUGUAUUUUAAACUAUUGGGAUUGGUUUGUUUCCAUUCUAGUCUACUAUUAAUAUCAGUUAUCUGUAAUUAAAAGGUAGUAGUGACUUAAUGCAAGAGAAUCUAUCUGGUAAACAGUGAGACCUAAAAUGACCUUCCUUCCAAAGUGGCUAACCUUUCUGAAAGGCAAAGAGGUUGUUAUUGCUAAUGCUAUAAUUGCAAUACUGACAAUAGGUGGACAGCAACUCUUUUCUUUCUUUACGUUCAGUUGUCCCUGUCAUGUGGGGCAGAACCUCAUCUAUGGGUUGGCCUUCCUCGGUGUUCCUGCAUUGAUUCUUCUGGUUCUUGGCUAUGCUCUGAACAACCAGACCUGGAGGCUAGUUACAGGCAAGAGGUCUCCUCUCCUGACAGAGAGCACGUGGAAUCAGUUACUGCAGUGCAAGCUAACCUGCUUUGUACUGUGCAGCAUCACUGGAAGAGCACUGGUUGCUCCAGUGACAUGGCUGGCAGUCACUCUGAUAAAUGGCUCCUACUAUGUGUGUGCUGUGAGUGAAUAUGUCUCUGUUUAUUAUUAUGGAGAUAUUCCUAAUGUGACUAUUAGUGAACGCCAGAGGAUUUUGGCUGCAUUUCCUUGCAGUCAGCUAGUUCCACCAGAACUGAGCAGGGAAAGAGAUGAAGUGAUCCUCCUACUCCGGUACCAGUCACAGGUGGCUGGCUGGCUUCUGAUUGCUGUGGUAGUCAUCACUGUCUUCCUGUCUUACUGCCUGGCAAGCUGCUUAUCCCCGCUCAGCUUCCUGCACUUCAGGUACUGGACCAGCUAUGUCCGUAAUGAGCAGGAGCUCUUUGAUGAAGCAACAGACCAGCACUCCAAGCUUUAUGCCAUGAAGCAUGUAAAGAAGUUCUUUGGCUUUGUCCCAGGAAAUGAAAAUAUAAAUGAAAUCCGUAUCCCAUCACUCAGGGAGUGGCAAGCUAUCUCUGGACUGGCCUUUCUAAAAUUAGUGGAUGAGGAGCAUUACGACUACAGUCUCCUCCACGACUGGGCACUCAAGGACUCAGCAGACAGAAAAUAUCUGAAGCUUGAUGAAGACCCCUGACCAUAACUUGCUGUGAGGUUCUGAGCCCUUGCCAACACCUUGUGGAAAAAUCAGGAGUGUUUAGCUCUGCUUUAUACCUGAACUGCAAUGGAGCUUUCUGAUACCUUAUUACAUAAAGGACAUGAAUAAGUACUUCGUUAAUGUAGUCAUUCAGAUGCUUAUACACUGCUCCUGAUGGCAUAUCACUCCUGUGGAAUGCAGAGGUCAGAUGCCCCAUCUGACUGGGGUGGGCUGUUUCAAGCUGCAGCUUCACUUUCUAACAAUUCUGCCAAAGGGAUGAGUUUCACUGGGUAAGAAAGCUAUACUCAAAUGCUUUCUCUUCCCUCUUGUUAAAAAUCUUUAAUAGUAAAUUCUGAAUGAUUAGAUCCUAUGAGCCUAAUCCACGCUGUAUAAUGUAGGAGCAGAUAUCUAGCUUUGUCUUAAUGACCUCCAGUAGAAAUAGUUUAUUUUUCCUCUUCCACUUUCUCCUAUGUGGAUAAAACACUUCCUCAACCAAGGCUGAGUCCAGAUAAAGUGGUUCAAAAACUUUCAGUGGGCACUUGAUAUUUUUAGCAGAAUUGAGAUGUGCAAGAAGGAGGGUAAAUCUUAUAGCAGUUAUAACGGGAAGGAAAGGAAGGAGAGAAAGGGGUGGGGGGGAGAAAGCAAAAAGGACACUUUACAUGUGGAAACUUGAAUUCAAGUGCUUCCUGAGUGGAAGCAGUAGCAAGGCUUCCUAUUCCUUUUGCAUGUACCUCAAAAUGUAUCAGACUUUACAAGUAAGCUGGCCUACUACAUGGGGAAAUAUCCUUCUGAAGUUAAAUUUGCUUUGCCUUUGAAAAUGUUAAGAUUCAGUCAUGCUACCGUGACCACAGUUAUUGGUGUCACCAUUGCUUCCUGAAUUGCCUUGCAGCCUGUGGACUGUGUGCUACCUACCUAUAGGCUAGGAUAUAGGAUGCUACUUACUGGGGUUUUGUUUUUUGUUUUUGUUAUUUUAUUAAAAACAACAACAAAAGAACAGUCUUAAAAUAGGAAAAUACAUGUAGCACUUUCCCUUACAAAAUACAGGAGUUGAGAGCAUGCUAAAAAGCAGGUCUUGUUUAAGUGUAUUUGCUCUUCCUUUGAGAAACUUCUAAACAUGGACUUGAAAAAGCUGAAUAUGCUGAGUAACUAGAAUAAUGCAUAUUUUCAUCACUGAAAAUUUUACAAAUCUCAUGUUUCACUUGAAUCCUAAAGUUUCUAUUAAUAGAACUGCAUGGUAUGUGUAAUCAGCUUAGAAAGCAAAGCAUCUCUUAGGGGAUACAAUCUCUAAUUUCACUUUAAAUUCAUUGGUGUUUGGUUUUAGUUUGCGGUUUUUUGUUUUUGACUGGAUGUGGUUUUGUUUUUUGUUUUUUUGAGGAUGGAACACUAUGCACAAUCUGGAAAACAUACAGCUGCUUUGUGUAACUGAAAGUUUCUCCUGCCUCUCUGAUUGGAGAAACAAAAACUAGCUGCUACCUGUUAUUUUUUUCUACUUUGUACCUUGUUUUACAGUGCCACUAUGAAAGGAUGCAAAACUUGUAAAAAGAGAAAGUGAGCUGUCAACCUCUUACUUGUAGUGAAACUGUAAUUUUAAAAUGAAACUUUGUUAUCUAGCUUUGUCCCAACUGCUGUUUUUCCUUUGUUUUUUUUAGAGUUUAUUAAAAAAAAAAAAUCUGAAUAACAAAUUUUAUCUGUAUUUAGCCUGCUAAUAUGCAUAAUAUUAUUUGUUGGGAUAUGUUAAUCCAUAGUAUUAAAUACAGCUGUAGUAUUAUGGAUUAUGGUUUAUUUCCCUUCAUUUCUCUGCUCCUGAAAUAUGUCAUGGAUUGGUAAUUAAAUAAGGUACCACCUCCUAAAGAAUUUGAAGCUAGAGAAAAAUCCGCAAGACACUGAACAGCCCGUGUCUGCUAACAUUGGUGUCACCUUGCCCAAAAUCAAUUUAGAAACUGCAGUUUGCUCACUCAGACUGCAAAUGAUUAUUUCUACGGCAAAAGCUUCCUGUAACCCCAGGGUUGUAAAAAUAUAUCUGAGGGAAAACUGCCGGCGGUAAAUGCAGGAAGUAGGUGCACCUUAAAUAAUGCGAUGUAACAAGUGCCAAUUGGUGUCUGGUGCUGAUUAAUCCUUACACCCACCCGUGCAAGAAACCCACACUGGGUGACGGUGUACCAGUUUUGAUUUCUCCAGUUCUGUGCUCACACAACUAUGCCAUCCGUGCAGUGUAACUCCUGAAAUUACUGUGAAAACCCGAGAUGUCUGUUGGUGCUUUCUAACUCCAACCUGCGCUACCAGCUACACCAGAGGAACUUUCACUCUGAGAUGGAAGUCAGCCCCUAGAACACCACCGUCUAUUUCUUAGAGCAAGUUUUGAAUACCCUUCAGCCUGCUGACCCCUAUAGGUUUCCAACUGAAGAACGACAUCGAUUUAUCAGCAGCAAUGUCUUUUUAAAGUAACUCUGCAUAUGCUGAACUCUCCGGGUAGAGUUCACAGGUGCCCACGCAACAGAGGCUGAACCUCAAGCUCCUCAACUACUGCUGCUUAAGAGCGCUACCCAAAGAAAGCGGAUUUAAACUAAAAAAGAGAAAAUCAAUGCUACACGCCGGUUACACCGAUCACCCCCGUGCAGAGCACCGCCUUCAGCCCAAAGCCAUCUACUGCCGAGCGA